AUGGCGCACAAGUUGAUAGCAUUGCCGGAAGACUGCUUCAAUGAGCGCGGUUGCGCGUCGAUUGUGCGUGUGCCGCGUCCACUCAACACUCAGGAAAGAAUAUUGGUGGCAGUGUCGAGUGAUUCAGACAGGCUUUAUGAGAUGCACGCUACACAGGCGCGUCAUGAGGAGGACAGAUGCUGGUUCGUCGACCAGCUAAUAGUAGCAGACCCACGGCUCAUUACUGCCACACCGCUCGAUCCCACUUUCAUCGUUGCAAGUUUGUUGCUGUCGGUGCCUGAUCACGCGAGGAGUACAUACAGUCGAUUCGAAGAUAUUACCGAUACAUUGCGGAAUGCGCACACAGACUGCGACAUUCUCCCGCUCCUGCACACUAACGCUGCUAAAGCGGGUUUGGAGCGGUGUUGCGAGAGCAAGGAGCUAGCGGCGGAUGAAAUGGUGUACAAGCUGAGCGAGCCGCGGUAUCUGGGGUAUUUAGAUGCCAAGAUAGCCAGAUGUCUCAGCACAGUGGUCGCGCAGCGUGAUAUCAAAUGCGUUGAACCGCCCACACAUCACCUGCUGACGCCGGAACUGACGCUGCAGUCGUACAAGAGGAACAUGGUCGAGUGUGUGCUGUAUAACGUGCCAUACUCCCUGCACACAAUUGUCAGACAACACAACACCACACCCGACCUCGACGCUUUCGAUGCCGAGCAGAGCAAGCAGACGCAUCAGUCAGACACACUCAUUCGCUCGAAUAAGGGUGGAUACGACGAGGGCAAGGAGCUGGAUAGGGAGGAGGUGAAGAAACCAGCCAAGGCGUCGAGAGGCGCGGAGAACUUGAAGAAAGUGGAUACAUCCAAGAUGAUGAAGCUGGAUGGCUUCUUUGCAAAGAAGCCUGUAAAUCGCAAAGAGUAG